AAAUUAACGACAGCACUACAAAUUCCUCGGACUAUCUUGUACUGGAGCCUGGAGGUUUUUGUUUUUUGGCUGGAGGUGUGAAUUUGGAGAUCAAUGGAAGAGGAGGAAGCGCGUGUAUCGGUACGAAGUUUUCUUCCCACUUCGUUGUGCACAUUUACUCGGUUCCCAUCGAAGAUCCGCGGAUUUGCAAUGGCAGGAAUGCAAUUGGCGUCAAUUCUGUCUAACACAUCACCAUCUUUCAUCCUUCAAUUCUCUCGGAAAUUUCGCCAAGUUCAACUGGAUAAUUGUUUGCUGUUGUUUUAUGCAAAAAGACGACAAAAUUUCAGACCAAGUCAAUGUCAACUGGUAUUAUUAUAUUACGAUUUCACUUCGGCGUAUAGAAUUUAAGGAUGCAGGCGAAGAAUCCGAUCAAUCAUUCGAUUAGAUGCGAAUUUUUUAAACAUGUCUGCAAUCUAUGACAAUUGGGAGAGACUGGUUGCAGCUGCUGUGAAGAAACAGCAACUUUGGGAGCUAUUUCAUGCUGCUUCCAGAAGCCCUAGCAUCCUCUCAGAAGCAUCCGAUUACAGUUCGAGUUCUCGACGGGAUUGGGGGUGGCUGGAACAGCCGCCGAAGCUCGUGCUCCUAUCCGAUUUCAGCCCUACAUUUGAUCUGAAAGAUUUGUCUACAGCUUCUGUUGAGCUACUGGGUAAAGGUACUUUUGGUAGUUCAUAUUCUGCCAUGAUGGGCAACGGUGUGAGAAUUGUGCUGAAGAGGCUGAAUUUGGGUGAUAUGUCUGAAUUGGAUUUCAAGCGCUAUGUAAAUGUUAUUGCAAAUGUCAGGCAGGGAAACGUUGCACCGUUACGAGGUUACUAUGCCUAUGGCGAUGAAAGGAUAUUGCUGUAUGAUUAUUACAGAGAGGGGAGUGUGUAUGCUCUAUUGCACGGAAAAACCGGCGUUCAUUAUUCUGAAGUGAGCUGGAAAACGAGGCAACAAAUUGCAAUUGGUGCAGCAAGGGCUAUUGCAGCAAUACACAAGAAAAAUGGCGGGAAGCUUGUCCAUGGAAACAUUAAAUCGUCGAAUGUAUUUCUUAGUCCACAGGUAUAUUGCUGUGUGUCAGACCUAGGCUUGGCAAACAUGAUAGAAACGAUGUUCAUGCCAAGUGCACGGUGCUAUGCGCCAGAAAUCAAGAACAGUAGAGAUGUUUCACAAGAAUCAGAUGUCUAUAGCUUUGGGAUUCUGCUACUUGAGCUUCUAACAAGAAAGCCGGCAAUGCAUGUCCCCGGUGGUCCCGAGGCUAUUGACCUUGUCAAGCUGGUUAGUUCUGGAAGGACCUCCAAAAUUUUCGAUUCAUAUCUAUUGCAGAAUCCUGCCAUAAAGAAUGAUAUGAUUGAGCUGUUGCAAAUAGGAAUGAAAUGUGCCACAAAAUCGAUAAAGAAGAGACCUAAAAUGUCUGAAGUUGUGAAGAUGUUGGAGGUUAUCAUUGAAACUAACUCAAUAAGCCGUGCUCCUCCGGGUAAUGACCUCAUAUUUCUGAUGGAUUUUCAUCCCAGAUUUGAUCUUGACGAAUUGUUAAGAGCUUCUGCUGAGGUUCUUGGGAAAGGAACAUUUGGGACUGCUUACAAAGCGAAAAUAAACGAUGAAAGCAUAGUUGUUGUGAAGAGGUUGAAGGUCAUGCCUGUUACAUUCGAGGCUUUUCAGGAGCACAUGGAGGUCUUUGGAAGAAUGAAUCAUAAAAACAUUGCGGACGUAGUGGCGUAUUACUAUUCGAGUGAGGAAAAGCUCGUAAUUUAUCAGUACUACGACGACACCAGUGUGUCUUCCUUGCUACACGAGUCAUAUAGAAGUGCUACCAUAGACUGGAAGACUCGACUCAAAAUUGCGACGGAUACAGCAACAGGGAUCGCUCACAUCCACGCAGAAGAUGAUGGGAAGCUCGUACAUGGAAAUAUUAAAUCUUCCAACAUCUUCUUCACUUACAAAGCUAUUGUGGCCGAUGCCGGAUAUCCUAAACUUUUUGAUCCUAUAAACCUGUCCACUAGGCAUUGGGCAGUCCACGCCCCAGAAGGCACCAACACCGGGAAUCUGUCCCAGGCGUCUGACAUCUACAGCUUUGGGGUUCUUCUGGUCGAACUCUUAUCAGGUUUACCAAUGGUGGAAACUCUUAAGAAGGAAAACUUGGGUUUCCCACUUCUUACAUGGCUUUUGUCUCUUGCUCGUGACGGCGAAUGGAUCAAUGAAGUCGUCAAUAGAGAUUUUUUAUGGUAUCAAAAUGAGGAGGAGAAGGUAGAAAUGAUACAACUUCUGCAAAUAGCAAUGGAUUGCCUCGACAGCAAUCCGCAGCGCCGGCCUGGGAUGUCUCGGGUGGUGGAGAUGCUUGAGGACAUCAACGGCGGCGGCGGCGGCGGUGGUGGCGUAACGGAUAAUGAGUUGAGAUUGGUAGAUGGUGUGGAUGAAGAAAAAGAGCCAUCCAUUGAGUCAAAGCUGGAAGAGAUACUGGAACUUCUGUUGCUGCCCACUCUUAUGCACUAAAUAGAGGUACCAUUCUACUACUACUGCCUUUUAAGUUCAAUUUGGUUUGUAAGAUUUGUGAUUUAUUUUUUUUUUGUUUGCAUAGUUAUUUGAUUUGUAGUUUUGUGAUAAUUUAUAGUAUAUUUGAUGCAAAUAAAUUAGUUCUUUGCCUCUUUAGUUGUGUUUGAUUAUUAAUUUGUUUGUUUGCAUAGUUAUUUGAUUUGUAGUUUUGUAAUAAUGUAUAGUAUAUUUGAUGCAAAUAAAUUAGUUAUUUGUCUCUUUAGUUGUGG